UGAGAAGCUUAAAGCAGUUGGCCCUAACCCGUUGAGGUGUCUCGUAUGAGAAGCGAAGUUCAGUUGGCGGGAAACUGAAAGUUGGAAGCGCCGAAAUGGGAUCGGAAAGCGUGGUUCCGAAAUGGGCUUCUCAGCCUUGCAUUAUGGGAAUCGACGAAGCCGGUAGAGGCCCGGUUUUGGGUCCCAUGGUCUAUGCUUGCUUAUACUGCGCUCCCUCAAAGAAGACAAGAGGGAAGAACUCUUUGAAGCUCUCAAAUCCAAUGACUCUCUUGCUUGGGCCGUUGACGUCAUCGAUCCCAGGGACCUCUCCGCUAAAAUGCUCCAGAAGAACAAGAUUAACUUGAAUGAGAUUUCACAUGAUUCUGCUAUGGGCCUCAUUCAUAGGGUUCUCAAAUUGGGAGUGCUCUUAACCGAGGUUUAUAUAGAUACAGUUGGAGAUCCAGGGAAAUACGAAGUGAAGCUAUCUAAAGUUUUUCCGUCUAUCAAAUUUGUUGUUGCAAAGAAGGCUGAUAGUCUUUAUCCUGUUGUUAGUGGUGCAAGUAUUGUUGCAAAGGUCACAAGGGACAGGGCUUUAAGAGAUUGGGUUCUUGAUGAGAGUGUCAAAAACAUGCACAGAAACUUUGGCUCUGGAUAUCCUGGAGAUCCCCAAACCAAGUCUUGGCUAGAAGAUCACAAGCAUCCGAUCUUUGGAUUUCCGACAUUGGUCCGGUUUAGUUGGGGAACCUGCAAUACCUAUUUUAAAGAUGGUGCGGAGGUCUUAUGGGAGUCUGACAAAACGGAUGAAGAUGGUGGCAACAAUAACAGCAAUGGCAAGCGGCAGUUGAAGCUAAGCCAUGUGGGUUUCACCACAUCCAAGAGGAGAAGUGAAGAAAUAGAAUCAAGUGGUAAAGGACGCUGUAGGUUUUUCCAGUCCAGGAAACUUGAGCAACUCACUUAUUUCCAAAAAUAAUGCUUCAUUGUUGCACCUUGUGCUUAUGUCAUCUUUGUUGUAGCUACAUUAUAUGGAGUUUGGAUAACAUGUUAUGUGUAUAAAUUUCCUAGAACUAUAUAACAACUAUCAGAUGUUUACUGAACUUGCACUCUAUCAAAGUGAGAAUUCAAUUGGUAUUGAUAUUUGUAAGUUGAAUU